CGAAGCUUUGCGGAAGUUGCGUCCAGUAAAACAACAAGGCGCCAAUUUUCCGCCAGGAUCUUUUAAAGCUUCCACCGCUGACACAUGACGAGGUUAUUUUAGUCUUUCGCGAACCGCCUUGUGCGAAAACUGCAGCUGAAGGCUGUUCAGCAUGGCGAUCCCUUUUGUGCAGGACUGGGACGUCGUCCAGACUCUGGGAGAAGGAGCUUAUGGAGAAGUGAGGUUACUGGUGAACAGACAGACCGAAGAGGCAGUGGCGGUGAAGGUGAUUGACACUUCUCAGGCUAAGGAGUGUGCAGACAAUGUCAAAAAGGAGGUGUGCAUCCAUAAGAUGCUCACCCACCCCAGCAUCGUGAGGUUCUUUGGUCAUCGAAAGGAAGGACCGACUGUUUAUCUUUUUCUGGAGUACUGCACCGGAGGAGAGCUGUUCGACCGCAUUGAGCCUGAUGUGGGGAUGCCAGAGAAAGAUGCUCAUAGGUUUUUCAAGCAGCUAAUAGCUGCUGUGGAGUACCUUCACAGCCUUGGCAUCACCCACCGAGAUAUAAAGCCAGAGAAUAUUUUGCUGGAUGACAAAGACAACUUGAAGCUGACAGAUUUCGGUCUGGCCACCAUGUUUCGUUUCAAAGGGCGGGAGCGCCUUCUGAAUCGACUCUGUGGAACGCUCCCCUACGUUGCUCCAGAGCUUCUCGGCCAGCAGGAGUACAAAGCUCAGCCUGCAGAUGUCUGGGCCUGUGGGAUUGUUCUGAGUGCAAUGCUGGCAGGAGAACUGCCCUGGGAUCAGCCCACCGAGAGCUGCCAGGAAUACUCAGACUGGCUCCAGAAGAAGACUUACCUACCUCCCUGGAAGAAAAUCCAGCCGAUGCCUCUUAGUUUGCUGUCCAAAUUGCUGCAGCCCCAUCCUGAUGCAAGAAUCGUUAUCGCAGACAUACAGAAGGAUCGCUGGUUUACUCAAGGUUGUCAGAGAUCAGGAUCCAACAAAGUUCUUCGAACGGAGUUGGAGCUUAAAUCCCGGACAAGCAGUGAUGACAGGAUGCAGUUUUCCAGCUCUCAGCCUGACUUUGCUCCAGGCGGAUGGGAAUCCAUGUUGUUGAUCGGCCUGGCCGAAGGGCAGGUCAGCUUCUCCCAGCCGACUAAACCGGAGCACAUGUUGCUGGGCAGUCAGCUGUUGGGCACGCCGGGAGCCAGUCAGUCGCUGUGGCAAAGAUUAGUCCGAAGAAUGACUCGCUUCUUUACCAACGUGAACGCCGACGACUCCUUAUCUGCCCUGAAAGACGUCUGUGACGGCAUGGCACUUGUCUUCAAACUCACCUGCACCCAACAGGUCACUGUGAGCACUCUGGACAAACGUAACAACAAGCUAAUCUUCAAGGUCUUUUUACUGGAGAUGAAUCAGCGAGUGUUGCUGGAUUUCAGACUGUCUAAGGGCGACGGAUUGGAGUUCAAACGACUCUUUGUGAAGAUAAAGCAGAAGCUCGGAGAUGUGGUCUGCACCCAGAAGAUUUCACUCCCCAUCACAUAAUAAACAGAGAAAAACACACGCUGUCAUGGACUUUAGAGACAAACUGUAUAUAUUUACAUGUUCCUGUUGUUAACACUUGUUUUUUUAUACACUUGAAAGAUCAAGACUUUAUAGAUCACAUAGUUUUCUACAAUUUGCCAUUCAUAAAGACUGAAGUGUUCUGGUUGUUUUUGCUAUGUUAAUGUUCAAAGCUGAAUAAAUUAAUAAAGAUCUUGUUUGCUAAAUGA